GAAUAAUUUCAUAGCAGGCUGUUUACCAGGACUAUAGUGAUUGUUCUGACGCGUGAGUGGGAUCAUCAAUCUCUCUGAAAGUAACAACAGAGGUACACGCAAGUGAAACUCGGCCAUCCUGAUCAUCGUUUCCUGCUAUUUGGUGUAUGGUUCUGCAUCGACUUUGGUGUUCAACUGUUCCAGUAAUCUCGGCCUCCUUUCUACUCUGACAUGGCUACUGUUGUUCCGAAGUACUCUGUGAGGAAAGCAACUCGAGCUGAUGUAGUCGCCAUAAAAAACUUGACUAACAUAGAUGAGUGGGAAAUUCCACUUGACCUGAUGUACUGCACGUUUGAUAUGGAUUCAAGGGCCUGGUUUGUAGCUGCAUCCGACGCGGGCGAAAUACUAGCUUGUCGUGUCUUGGCGUUUUAUAACGAGAAGACAGUAGCUGGUGGCAUUUAUCUCGUGAGGAAAGACCUCAGAGGCAAAGGAAUCGGACGUGAUGUGAACCUUCAAUCACUCAAGGCAGUCGGUGACGCCAACAUCGUCAUAUCAGCUACCUUCGUUAACAUUUACGACACCCAUGGCUUCACUUUCUACUAUGACGUACACCAAAAACGUGGGCCAGCGGAAGUCAUACUGGGGGCAAUUCCUGAUGCAGAAGCGAGUCCGGAAAUCAGCAUAGUCCCCUUCGAAGGCUCCAUGUUUACUGAGUUGAAAGCGUACGACGAGAAUGUAUGUGAGAGCGAGAGGGAUUACUUCUUCAAGAACUGGAUCAUCAACCGUGCAAAACAUAUUCUUAUUGCUCGUUUACAUUCCGGUCGUGUAGUAGGAUAUGGCUGUUUGGGUGUAACAGAAUACGGCAAUGAGAUUGCACCUUUAUAUGCUGAUAGCGACUUCAUCGCAUGGGCUCUGUUGAAAGGACUCUUGCAACACUUGAAUCCAAAGGACACUGUCCAGAUGUUUGUUAUCUCAGAAAACAAAGCAAUGAUGGGGAUUAUAGGCAAACUUCCUCUCGCAAAUGUAUUUACGGUUCAUAAAAUGUACACUAAAAAGCGAGUACCCGAAACCCUUGAGCGGUUGUAUUCCUUUUCUGUGAAUUCAUUAUCCGUCAUAUGAUGCAAAUUGCCCCUUAAGCAUGAAAUUAAUGGGUUGCUGAAGACCUAUUCUAGCUCGGAUCUUCACGGGUCUGCAAUAAACAACAACAAUUUAGUGUGUUAAAAAUUGAAAUGAUAUCUUUGCAUUAUUUUUCAUUAUAUAACCAAUUACAAGUAUAACCAUUGCAAAUAGUUUUCACAGCCAAUGAGAUGUCUUUGUAAAUGACGAUUCUUAACAGAUUGUAUGGAUGAGAGUUCCGACUUUCGUAGGUCGAUGUGAAUGUGAAGAGACAUUUAUUUCAAUGCUUCAGCGAAUUAAAGGCAUACAUACAGAGUGAAUAAUUCAGUAUAUUUGCUUCACAAUGUCAGAAAACAUAUAAGCAGCAGUUACAU